AAACUGAAUUAGUUUUCCAUGUAAGUAAACCAUGUUUCUUUGAGUGGGUACCCAACACAAAACCUCUGUUGCCUCUGCAGCAAGGAUUUCUCUACAGCAUAAAUCUUAAUCAUUGAUAAUAUUCUUCUCUGUUGUUAUGGAUGAUGGGAUUCAAAACCAUUAGAAGUAUGGAAAACUCCAUAACUAUUCUCCCCUCUCCCAAUAGAUUGUAAUUUUCCUCAUUGUUGCUGCUUCUUUCAGCUUCAUUCUGAAAAUGAGAACCCCUUUUGUCGGAUUCAGCAGUAUACUAGUGCUUCUUGUUUUCGUCUCUGCUUCCUGUUUUUCUACCCAUGGAAGUUUGGAAAUGGAGAGAACUUUGGCGAUUAUAAAACCAGACGGAUUAAUCGGUAACUACACUGAUGAUAUCAAGAGAACAAUUGUAGAAUAUGGUUUCAGCAUUUUUAAGGAAAAGAUUGUUCAACUUGAUCAAGCCACUGUAGAAAAGUUUUAUGCUGAGCACUCUUCAAAAUGUUUCUUUUCCAGGUUUAUAAAAUACAUGACAAGUGGACCAGUGUUGGUUAUGGUCUUGGAGAAGGAUAACGCUAUUGCUGAUUGGCGUGCUUUAAUGGGCCCUACUGAUGCAAGCAAAGCUAAGAUUACUCACCCUCACAGCAUCAGAGCAAAAUGCGGAUUGGAUAUAGAAAGGAAUUGUGUUCAUGGUUCAGACUCUCCUAAAUCUGCACAAAGAGAGAUUCCAUUUUUCUUUCAGGAGCUGUCCGCAGGUCAAUAA